AUGGACCCCGCCGCUCCCCCCCCGAAACGCCGCGGCCCCGCUCGCUUGGCCGAUCCGCGGCCUCUCUUCGAGGACACGAGCGCUACCGGGGCUUCACCGGGCCGCGGUUUCGGGGCCCCGCCGCCGCCUUCGGCCUCGCCUUCCUCCUCCUCUUCGUCGUCGCCGCCGUUCCCCGGGGCCGGGGCGUUCCUGAGCGAGCCCGUGUCCUCGCUGGCCGCCGCCUACGGCAGCAGCCUGGCCUCGCAUGUGGAGGGGAACCCAGAUAAAAAUUCCAAUUUUUUUGUGUUUUUUUCCAGGAUGAUCGUGGGGCUCGUGGCCGGGCUGCUCCUGGGCAGGGUCGGGUAUUACGUGGCCCUCAGCUGGUGCUGCCUCAGCAUUUUUAUCUUUAUGAUCCGGACGCUGAGGCUGAAGCUGCUGUCGGAGGCGGCGGCCGAGGGCGUCCUGGUGCGCGGGGCCAAGAAUCAGCUGCGCAUGUACCUGACCAUGGCCAUCGCUGCUGCCCAGCCCCUCUUCAUGUACUGGCUCACCUUCCACCUGCUCAGGUGAGCAGGGAUCCCCCUCCCCACAAUUCCCUGAAGGAAAAAAAAAAAAAUCCCCAAAUUCCAGAGUUU